AUGGAAGCUGACGCGCGACCGCCAGCCAGAACCUCACCCUUCUCAGAACCCGCCGAUGAGAGCUCUAUUCGUCUUCUCCGCUUCUCGCAGCCCGAAGAUGGCGUCUUCGUUGGCAAGCUGCAGAAGUUCACCAUCACCAGCGCGCCUCAUUACUACACAGCCAGCUAUGUGUGGGGCGAGCGCAAGUACAAAGGUGCAAAGAUCAAUCUGAAGAAUGGUGGACUACCCAUCCUACACAGCCUGGUACCAUUCAUCCAUAUGGUCACCCGCCAUGGUGACUUCAAGGCCACAGACUGGUGGUGGAUUGACUCGCUGUGCAUCAACUUGGACGAUCCCAGCGAACGCGAGAAACAAGUGCGCAUCAUGGCAGACAUCUACAAAAGAGCCAGGCGAGCGAUAAUCUGGCUGGGUGAGGAGAAAGAAGAUGGUAGCGACUGCACCGAUGCCAUCGACUUCAUGCACUACCUAUCCACCUUGCAGAUCGGGUUCAAUGGAGACGACCUUGCCAUGCGCAAGAAGCUAGAGAACUCUGAGUUCACCGACAAGUGUGUCGCCGUCAGCAAUCUGCUCGCCAGACCAUGGUGGACAAGGGUCUGGACGUUACAAGAGUUUGUCUUGCCGAGAGAGGCGAAACUCUACUGUGGCAAGGGUAGUAUCAGCCGCGGAAGGUUCAAAAGUGCCAUCUAUAGCAUCUUCCUUUGCAGUACCAUCAGCAAAGACUUCGAACACGAGCUUGUUCCGCGGAAGCUCUUUGACGGAGCUUUCAAUCGCCGUCGCAUCCAUCAAUGGCACACUAAGCCAGCCUCAAUCGGUAUCAAUCUGAUCGCCAUCAUGGCGUACCUGGGUAAUCACUCCGCCACCGACAGUAGAGACCGCAUUUACUCCGUGCUAGGUUUGAUCACUGAACAAGACCGAGCGCUCAUCGGACCUGCCGAAUAUACUACCAGCAUUGCGCACCAAUUCGCACGGCUUGUUCGCUCUUUCUGGAACGUUCAUCGAUCCCUGGAUAUCGUCUGCUUCGCGCAUCUAUUUUGUCCCAACGCUGCAGUCAGUGACCCAGGCGUCGAAGAUCCCGUGCCUACCUGGGCCCCAGACUGGAGGACAACCAUCGAUUUCGCAUCACCUGUGCCGCUAAUGGCAAGCCAAAGUGCGUGUGAGCAUAUUGGAAACUUCAGACCACUCAGAUCAACACGCUGGAAAGCAAUGUACGAUGCUCCGGGAGAGAAAUUGAGGAAAGAGGCAGAUAUUUCCUUUGCCGAAGACCUGAAGGAGCUCCACUGCAACGGUGUCGUGCUGGAUACUAUUCACGGGCUCGGUGGGCUUGACGAGCGGGAAUUGCGAUGCGAGAGCUUCGUCUGCCGCGAAACCGGUCAUGACUUGAUGCAAUCGCGACAAGACCAGCAUAGCGUCUCGCGAGUCGCAAAGCAGCCUACCGAGUGGCUUGAAGCCAUAGCGCGAUCCUUGGUCAUCGAUCGUCGAGACAAAUACCUUUGCUUCCAGGCGCCAGAUCACUACAUCAGCGACUUCCUCUUCCUCUGCCAUGCCUGUGUUGACGGCGAUCCCGUCGACUGGAGCUUUGCAACAUGGUUUGAGCGCAACCGUCAUGUGAUGUUUGGCAACGUGUCGCUCGAAGACAUAGUCCGACAAAUACCCACCAAAUUUUCUUCACCUGCCCCAACGCUGCAUCGGCCACCGUCGCAUCCCGUACAUCAGAUGAACGAUAAGCUCGACACCUUUCUCUCACGCUUCCACGAUACUGUGCGAAAGAAAGCGCGCCGGCUGAUGGUUACCGAACAAGGCUACGUUGGCAUGGCGCCGUGUCGCGCAAGACCCGGCGAUGUCGUGGCUAUCGUGUUCGGAUGCAGCAUUCCACUUGUCUUACGAGGAAUGGCGUCGCAAUCUGCGUGGCAGGUUGUCGGCGAGGGCUUUGUACAUCACCAAAUGAACGGCGAGAUUGCAGACGAGCUGAACAACGGGACGCUCAAUGUACGUCGGUUGAGGCUAGUCUGA